AUGAUCCUAAUAUCAGGAGUCUCCAUUGAUGUUCUGUUGUUAGUGUUGCUGGUGUUGGUUUUCUCUUCUAGUUUACAUAUCUCAGUUUCUGGUUCUUCGUUUAGUUUAACUGAUACAAAACAAGUACAAGUUAAUGAAGAAAUGGAAGCUCUUCUGCAGUGGAAAUCAACCUUUAUUAACCAAACUUCACUUCUCCUUCCAUCUUGGAACAGAAAUUCUACUAAUGGUACAAUAAGUCCAUGCAAAUGGUACGGAAUCACUUGUAACGACGAUGGAAUUAUCACGGAAUUGGAUCUUGCAGGUUUGGGUUUACAAGGUGCACUCCAUGAUUUAAAUUUUGCAUCUUUCUCCAAUUUGGUUAGGCUUGACUUAAGCGACAACAAGAUCUUCGGAUUUAUUCCUUCGCAAAUUGGUAGUCUUUCAAAACUCACCCAUCUUUAUCUUUUAAAUAAUUCGAUCAGUGGGUUUAUCCCUCAAGAAAUUGGCAAUUUGCAUUCUCUUACUAAUCUGUGGUUGUCUUUUAACCAACUCAAUGGUUCUAUUCCUUCUUCUAUAUGCAACCUGACCAACUUGAUCGGCUUCUCGGUCAGAUCUAAUAACCUUUCUGGUAUCAUUCCUCGGGAUAUCGGAAAUUUAAAGUCUCUUAGUGCUUUGUUUUUAUCCUCCAACACUUUCACUGGUUCAAUCCCUACUUCUUUAAACAAUUUGACUAAUCUGCGCCGUCUUUUUCUUCAUGAAAAUCAUCUCUCUGGUUCGAUCCCUCAAGAUAUAGGAAAUUUAAGGUCUCUUUAUCACUUAUCUUUGUAUAUGAAUAAACUAACUGGUUCAAUUCCCACUUCUGUGGGUAAUUUGAGAAACGUAACUCAAUUCUCUCUUUCUGACAAUCAAUUAUCUGGGUCAUUACCAUCAGAGUUCGGAAAUCUAACCAUGUUGACGCUACUGUCUGUGGAUAGUAACUCUCUUUCGGGGAGUAUACCUGCUAGUAUAGGGUACUGCAUCGAGCUUACAUAUCUAAACCUUGGCAACAACAAUUUUUCUGGAGGUAUUCCAAAUGAGCUUGCAAAUGCAGGAUUACUGGAAUAUUUGCAACUAAAUGAUAACAACCUCAGUGGCACUCUUUCUAGUUCAUUCGGUAAACUUCAGCACUUGAAAGUUCUCAAUUUAGCGGACAACUAUGUUGAAGGCAAUAUACUUUCUGAGUUUGGUUCACUUUAUGACCUUCAGAUCCUUUCUCUGAGGUCAAACAAGUUCAGUGGGUCUAUUCCUGAAGAGAUUGCUAAUUUGCAUGAACUCCGUAUUUUGGACUUGUCGCAAAACAAUCUCAGUGGCCUAAUUCCUAGGAAUAUCGGCAACCUUAGGAAGCUAUUAAAUAGACUUGAAGACAUAUCUCAAAUUACCUAUUAUGCCUCCGAGAAUGUGGAGUUGAAUAUGGUGAUCAAAGGGAUCACUGCACCUCUUCCGAUAUUCUUAAGUUACACUUCAGCGAUUGAUCUGUCGAGCAACAGUAUUGAGGGAAACAUUCCAAUGGAAAUAGGAUCACUGAAAGGGCUUUAUAUGCUUAAUUUGUCCCACAAUCAUUUCUCGGGUGAUAUCCCUGCGAAUGUUGGAGACAUGUCUGGUUUAGAGUCCUUGGAUUUAAGUUGGAAUAAAUUGUCUGGAAAUAUCCCACAAUCUUUGACAUCAAUGGAUUCUCUUGGUUUCAUGAACUUAUCUUACAACAAGUUGAGUGGCAAGAUUCCAGAAGGAACUCACUUUGAGACUUUGAGUUGGGAUGGUUCAGUUUUCAUUGGGAACAAUUUAUUGUGCGGCUCACCUACGAAGAAUGUUUGCAAGGGUGAUCAGAGUAUUGGCUCUACAAACGCGGUUGCAAAAGAUGAUCAAGAGGAUGCAGAUGAGGGAUUACUGUUUUACGGCGUUAUUGCUAUGGGCUUUGUAGUUGGAUUUUGGGGUUUAUUCUUUGUUUUGCUUCUUAAAAAAGAGAAAUGGUGGACGGUGUACUGGGAAACUGUUGAUUCUGUUGCAGUUGGAAUUGCAUGCCGCACUAAAAAGAAAUUGUAG